CAACCAUGAAGAAGAAAACUAUCCAAUCAAAACAUUUUCAAGGAAACUGUCGGCUAUUUGAAAUCGCUUUGCUUGUGUUUUUGCCUUUUUUACAACUGUUAUCCGGCUUUCAAAUCAACCACAAAUGGAGCUUUUUAACGAAGGUGAUACAUUUAAGAUGUACCUUUGGGAGAAUAGGUUAAAAACUUUUGAAGGGUGGCCUUUUGACGAAGACUGCGCCUGCACACCGGAAAACAUGGCAAAGGCUGGCUUCAUUUACACGCCUGUCGACAACAGCCCAGAUACUGCCACGUGUUUCUUCUGCCUCAAGGAGUUGGAGGGCUGGGAGCCGGACGAUGACCCACAGAAAGAGCACAAAUCGCAUUCACCCUCGUGUCACUUCUUGGCCCUGAAGAAGAAAGUAGAGGAUCUGCCUUUGAGCGAGUUCUUGAAGCUCCACCAGGCGAGGCACAAGCGCCUCAUCAGCAAAAACUGUAAGGAGGCCGUCAACAAGUUUGAGGUGGCUGCAAGAUUGGUGAAAGCUGAAAUUCUCAAGAUGAAAAUGGGCAAAUAGACAUUGGGUGUGUAUGUAAAUAUGUACAGCAUUUGUUUUGUGUUAGCUAUACUUUGCUGUUUUUAUUUUAUGUACCUUUUAAUUUGGUGAACAUUUUAGGGAUUUUUCAGCCAUAACUUAAUUGAUCAUAACCUUACUAUAUUUUCUGUAAACACUGUUAUAUAUGAAUAACUUUAGAUGUAGCUCUUGAGAUAAGCUUUGUUGUGAAUUGUUGCUGAAAGAAUAGAACAAAGGUGUCGGUGGCGCCAAUAACCGUGCCAUUUUGUGGUGUGUUUGUCAGUAAAAAUAACAGCUGUACAGGAAGCAGUUGGGGGUACAUCCAUCCAUCCAUUUUCUACCACUUGUCCCUUUCGAUGUUGUGGCAAUUUGUGUUUAGUGACAGUUGGUUUACACUCGGGGUGCUGUUUAUAUUGGCCUGUGGCACAUAGAAAUCAAAUUAAACAAAAUAAUGCAGCAAAAA